UUAGCUCCGUGUAGGUGUGUUUUCCUCCGUGUUGAGUAAGUUCUCGGACUGUGUGGAGCAAGGUGAGCGGUGAAAAUGUCUAAGGUGCGGAUGCUGAGAGCGCUGGUGCAGCAGAGACUGAUUGCGGCUGCGGAAGACAUUUUGGCGCUGUUUGAAAGAACUAUAGCGGAGUAUGAGGAGGAGCUGAACCGCUCCAAGGAGGCGGUGAGGAGACAGCACAGACUGCUGGACGCUGUUUUCAACCCGCAGGUUCAGCUGAGCCCAUCAGAUGUCCAGCAGCUGGUUGUGAGAAGUAAAGUAGUUAAACCGGAGGAGCAGGAGAGGAGCUAUACGUUGGACCAGGAGGUCAAGGAGUACCCUAACACUAAACAGGAGCAGGAGGACCAUGAAAUGUUACCUAUAAAAGAGGAACAGAAUGAAGUCUGGACCAGUCAGGAAGGAGAGCAUCUUCAAGCCCUACAGGAGGACGGUAUUAUCAAGUUCACAUUCAGUCCUCUCCAUGUGAAGAGUGAAGAUGAAGCGGAACCUCAGCUUCAUCACAGCCAGACUGAGGAGAUCAGAGACUCUGAAGGAAGACCAGAACCAGAAAUUGAACACACGACUUCAGACUCUGUGCAAACUUGUGACAUUCUUCUGAACAAUGUAAGAUACGAUGCUGAAGAGAAACCGUUUGGCUGCUCUGAAUGCGGCCGCAGAUUUAGGCAGAAAUCACACCUUCAGAUCCACAUGCGGGGUCACACGGGAGAAAAACCAUUCAGCUGUUCUGUUUGUGCCAAAAGGUUUCCUCGCAAGGAGAGCCUGGUUCGUCACAUGAGGUUUCACUCUGGAGAGAAACCUUUCAGCUGCUCUAUCUGUAAGAAAGAUUUCACUUGCAGAGACCACGCUGUCACGCACAUGAGGAUUCACACUGGGGAGAAACCCUUCACAUGUUCUGUGUGCGGGAAGAAAUUUGCACACAAACUGAGUCUGAAGCAUCAUAUGUCGUGCCACACAGGGCAGCGAGCUUUCAGCUGUAGUGUUUGUCACAGGAUGUUCAACAGACAGUGUCACGUCAGACAUCAUAAGUGUGUUUUCAGCAGCAGCAUUGGUGAGGCUGUAAGCCUGCAGCAGUGGACAGAUGAAUCAGGCACUCACAUGUAUGAAACAGGAACACUACAGAAAGACUCAGGUGUCCUGAAAUUUAGAGUUACUAGCAUUUAGUUAUAAUUUUGAUCCAGGUAUUUUAUAGGUACACCAUGAGAAACAUACUCUACCCAUGUGUUAUGCAAACCUGUCAAAGUGUUUUCUGUGGCAUUUCCUGUUUUUUACUCUUUUUUUCUCUCGACAUUGUCCUCAUGUUCUGA